AGAAAGACCCAGUCCAGUUGACCAUCGCCCCUACAUGGGGUCAGGGUUUUUAGGAGGUUUAAAGCAGCCAUUGAAGUUUCCUUCCUUCCAUCCAAACCAAUUCAUCAAGAAAAGGCAAAAACCCUCCUCUUUGCAAAUUCUCAAAACCCUAAAUUGAUCAAAACCCAACAUGCCCUCUUCAGAUCCUAAAACCCCGGAAGAAGAAAAACCCUCCUUUGAUGAUCCAGCAUCAAAAGAAGCCAUAGAGUCAUUGAAUUCAACCAAAAUCCUUGAAGAAACAGACCAAACGAAUACACCCAUGACUGGAAAUCAAGAGGAAGAAGAGGAAGGGGAGUGUGGGUUUUGUUUGUUCAUGAAAGGAGGUGGUUGCAAGGACGCAUUUGUAGCAUGGGAAGACUGUAUUAAACAAGUGGAGGAAAAGAAUGAAGAUAUUGUGGAGAAUUGCUUUGAAAUUACUAGUGCGUUGAAGUUGUGUAUGGAGGCUCAUGCUGAUUAUUAUGAGCCUAUUUUGAGGGCUGAGAAGGCUGCUGAACAAGAGGCUGUUAAGCAAUUGGAGAAGGAAAAGGAGGAGGAAGCCGCUGAUGCAGCGCAAAAAUCAGAGUCUAACGAGAAAGAAAAGUGAGCUUUUUAGGUGAUUUUUUUAUUUAACAAAAGAAAACGAGAACUUUGAGAUUUAAUUUUGUCACCGAUAUGGGAAAAUUGAGGUUUAACUUUGAUUUUUUUAUUUGAUCAUGAGACAUGGAAUUGUGUCUAGGCAAUGUUGCUAUUUUUUAUGUAGAAUAAAUGGAUUGUGAUUAUUCACUUGAAUUUUCAUUAAACGAUAAUUUUGUAUUUUAUUUUGAGAUAGUCAUGUUUUUGGCAUGCUUAUUGAAUGCCAAAUCUGUGGCUUGUUAUGUUUUCCACGUAUUUGUCUAAUGUAUGUUGAAGUUAUUAAUGCAAAACUCUGUCAUGCAAUAAAA